AUGCUCGAGUGGAGUUUACAUAGCUGGCUAACGGUUACAUUUGUCGCGAUCCUCGGUUCAUUGACGAGUGCGGUUACGUUGUUCGUUGUGUGGCCGAUUCGUAAGCCAACAGUUGAGCGCAAGAUAUGUUCGAAAUACGCGAAGGAUGCUGCGAUUAUUCAGGCGAAAGUUGCAAACGCCCAAGAAGAAGAAGAUGACGUUCAGGAUGUUUCCGUCCCGAUCAUCAACCCCAGAGUCGAUCCCAGCUUGCACGCCUUGAUUGAUUUGUUCGUGAGAGACUUCUUCACCUCGUGGUUCUCCAAGCUGGCGGAUGAUCCAAAACGAGUCGAGAAGCUCUUACGAAUGAAAGUCAGUGUGCAAAUACGUGAGGCGAUCUACAAAGCAUUUUUGGACAAGGAUAGAUGUGCAGUUCCGAUUUCAGAACGUCUGCGAAUCAAGCUCGAAGCCUAUCUAUCCGGCAUCGACGAAACCGGGGAAGGAUUCUACGACCUGAAAGUCAAUACUGAAAAUUUGUUAUGCGCCAGCGUUUUCCGGGAUUUCUUGGGCAGUUCGGAAGGUAUAAACGCCAUGAGUAUCUUGUCGGAAAGUCAACAGUCUGGGGACGACCUGGAUGAUUUGAGUGUGGGUGAAACGUUCGGUUUGGGUAGUGGGAAAGUGAGAGGCUCUAAAGCAAGUUUAGUGGAGAGCGAGAAGAACUACGCACAAUCGCAAUUGAAUUUGUUGGAAGAGAAGCUGAGUAAGAAGGUCAAGGAGCUGGAAGCUGCGAAAGCUGGUGGCAAUGGAAGCAAAACUGCUGUCGGUUUGGAGAAGGACGUCAAGUGUUUGACUGACGAUGUCCAGCAGCUCAGUUGUUUCGCAGCCAGAUCAGCGUUAUGGUCUGAACACCUCGGCCAAUGGCGAGCUUGCAUUCAGAGUGUGGAGGCGACCGAAGAUGGCCUCAUGUUCCUCCUGGUGGUUCAAAAAGAAGAGGCCAUGUUGAGUCCAGUGGAAGCUCCGAAUGGUCCGCCGAUUUCCUCGUCGACACCCGAGACCACCGACGGCGGACUGGAUGGCUGGAUCGUGUCGCGGAAAUUGGCGGAGUUUCAUGAGCUGCGACACAGAGUCGGAUUAAUUGCCGGGGACUCUUUGAAAUCCAAGGAUCUGCCUGCUUUGGGAUCUGGGAAAUCGUUUUUUGGACGCGGUUGGGACCGGGCUGAGUUGGACAAGGCCCGAGCCCAGGUUCAAACCUUUUUGAAUGCGGUUUUGAGGAACGAACGUUUGAGCCACAGCGAAGACGUGUUCACCUUUUUGUGCCCGGUGCCAGAACAUCUUCUGCGUCCCGGCGGCAGUUGUGGCUCGUCCUCUGCCAUGUUGUCUCCCGCGGAACCCGGGAAACCCGGCAAGGCGAGAUUUUCCCUGUCGACGCUCUUUCAACGCGACAAGAUGGACGAUUUGACAGGGAAGUCGGAUGAAGACGUCAAUAAUGGGAGCAGUAGCACGGAGCAACAAGUGGGCUUGAUGGAAGGCAGUGGUGGCGGGUCUCGGGAUUCGAUUGCAGAGCCCCUGUAUGGACUAGUGCAAGAGGUGUUCGAGGUUCAGGGGAUUUUUCGAUGGCUGAGGAAGACGUUGAUCACGUUUGUGCAGAUCACGUAUGGGAGAACCAUCAAUAGGCAAAUACGGGAAACAGUGUCAUGGCUGGUGUCGGAUGCGAUGGUCAUCACGUAUUGUGGGUUGGUGAAGGAAGCGUAUUGGCCAAAGGGGAAGCUGGCCCCGGCUGCUCAACCAAGGAGCGAUGAGCAGAAAUUGAGGACGAGGUACGAGGCGAAGGAGAAAUUCCUUGUUAGCGUACCUGCGGUGGUCUCAAAUUUGGUGGGGCAGCAAAAUGGCAAGAGAGGUGCUGUGCGGAUUUUUGAAACGAUUCAAGACCACCGACUCAAUAAACAGUUGGUUUACGGUGCGGGAAAUGGUCGAUUUUCUGGGUUCAAGUGCGUUUCUUUUCUGUUGAGUUGUUUUCCAAGUGAUUUGGAGCUUGUUGGUGCAGUGAGGGCAAAAUGGAGGAGUACGCACGGGAGCCGUGUCCGUGGCGUAUUGUGGACGAUUGCGGCGGUGCCUUCGCCAUGGGGGCUAUUGGCGGAAGUGUUUUCCAAAUCUUCCGUGGAUUCAGGAACGCCCCCAGUGGCAUGAAUCGUCGCCUAUUGGGGAGUCUGCUGGCGGUGAAAGAACGUGCACCGAUCAUAGGCGGGAGCUUUGCCAUUUGGGGAGGAAUGUUCACAACUCUGGAUUGUUCCCUAGCACACUUACGAGGAAAGGAAGAUCCCUGGAACUCAAUCAUGAGUGGCGCAGCCACCGGAGGCAUCCUAGCGGCCCGAAAUGGGCCAGCGGCAAUGGCAGGC